GCCCGGCGCCUCACCAUGUCCAACUCGGGCAGGAAGGACUUUGACGUGAAACACAUCCUCCGCCUCCGCUGGAAACUCUUCAGCCACCCGGCCAGCCCGGCGGGCGGCUGUUUGCAGCAGGACAGCGGCAGCUUCGAGCACUGGGGGCCCAGCCAGAGCCGCUUGCUGAAGAAUCAGGAGCGGACCAGCGGCGCCUUCUGGAAGAAAGCCUCUUCCUCGUCGUCCUCGUCUUCCUCGGCCGCCGCCGCGCUGCCGCCUCCCGCCUCCUCCUCGGCGUCGCCCCGGAAUGGGACCUCGCUGUCCGCGACCCGGCUCCUCCAUGGGGUGGGCGAGCAGGCUGGCCAUCCCCCAGCGGCUCCCCGCACGGUCUUCUACGUGGAGUCCCUGGAGGAGGGGUCCGACUGGACGCGCCCGCAGGAGACCACGCUGGUGCUGCGCGAGGUCAAGGCGGAGCCCGCGCCCGGCUCGGAGGGCGGCGGGCAUGGGUGUGGGUUAAGGUUGUCAUCAACUGGCCUUCCCUUGACUCCCCAAUGUGAUAUGGACUCCAGUUGUUCGGAGGAGUUCUAUCAAGCUGUGCACCACGCUGAACAGACCUUCCGGAAGAUGGAAAGCUACCUGAAGCAACAGCAACUCUGUGAUGUUAUCCUGAUUGCUGGGAACCGUAAGAUACCUGCGCACAGACUUGUUCUUAGUUCGGUUUCUGACUACUUUGCGGCCAUGUUUACCAGUGAUGUUUGUGAAGCCAAGCAAGAGGAAAUCAAAAUGGAAGGCAUUGACCCCAGUGCACUGUGGGACCUUGUUCAAUUCGCAUAUACAGGUUGCUUGGAACUUAAAGAAGACACCAUUGAGAACCUCUUGGCAGCUGCUUGUCUCCUUCAGCUCCCUCAAGUAGUUGAAGUGUGUUGCCAUUUCCUCAUGAAGCUUUUACACCCCUCGAACUCUUUGGGAAUUCGAGCGUUUGCCGAUGCUCAAGGCUGCACAGAACUUAUGAAGGUGGCCCACAGCUACACCAUGGAGAACAUAAUGGAGGUUAUUAGAAACCAAGAGUUUUUACUGUUGCCAGCAGAUGAACUCCACAAGCUUCUUGCCAGUGACGAUGUGAAUGUUCCUGAUGAAGAGACCAUCUUCCAUGCCUUAAUGAUGUGGGUCAAAUAUGACAUGCCGAAGAGAUGCAAUGACCUGAGCAUGCUACUUGCCUACAUCAGAUUGCCACUUCUUCCACCACAGAUUUUAGCUGACCUAGAAAACCAUGCACUUUUUAAAGAUGACUUGGAAUGUCAGAAGCUGAUUCUGGAAGCCAUGAAAUAUCAUCUUUUGCCAGAAAGACGGACGCUUAUGCAAAGCCCAAGAACAAAGCCAAGGAAAUCCACAGUUGGAACACUGUACGCUGUUGGGGGAAUGGACAACAAUAAAGGUGCUACCACCAUCGAGAAGUACGAUCUCAGGACAAAUAUAUGGAUCCAAGCCGGAGUGAUGAAUGGCAGAAGGUUGCAGUUUGGCGUGGCUGUCAUUGAUGACAAACUCUUUGUUAUUGGUGGCCGGGAUGGGUUAAAGACAUUGAACACCGUUGAGUGUUACAACCCAAAGACGAAGGCAUGGACUGUCUUGCCCCCGAUGUCCACCCACAGGCAUGGUUUAGGAGUUACUGUACUUGAAGGGCCAAUUUACGCAGUGGGAGGCCAUGAUGGCUGGAGCUAUUUGAACACAGUCGAGAGGUGGGAUCCCCAAAGUCAUCAGUGGACAUUUGUAGCCAGUAUGUCCAUUGCCAGAAGCACUGUUGGUGUGGCAGCAUUAAAUGGCAAGUAUGAUCCCAAAACCGAUACGUGGACAAUGGUGGCUCCCUUAAGCAUGCCUCGUGAUGCUGUUGGUGUUUGCAUCCUAGGUGACAAAUUAUAUGCAGUCGGUGGAUAUGACGGCCAGACAUACCUGAACACCAUGGAAUCGUAUGACCCUCAAACGAAUGAAUGGACACAGAUGGCGUCCCUAAAUAUCGGAAGGGCUGGAGCCUGUGUUGUGGUCAUAAAGCAGCCGUGACUUUUCCCAAAGUGGAUUUGAUUGACUUCUAGGUGGGUUUUCUUUUCCUGUCAGAUAAACAACAAGACACUGUUGAACAAAAGAAUCAAUAGAUACAGCCUGCACUCUGUUGAUCGCAAAGUUGAAGAGGUUUAAGAACAGGGAGGAAAAACAUCAGGAUCUGAUGCCUUUCCCGAUCAUUAGAAACUGCUCAGCUAAUGAACAAGAGAGAGAGAAAAAGAAUCUAAGUUCCAGUGUGAACGUAAAAGUAAGACACUUGGAUCCUGCUCUACAAACUGGAAUGCAGCAAACAUCCACGAUCUAUUCUUCAUAAGAAGAUCUACUCUUCAAAAGAUCUACUCUUCAUAAGAAGCUGAGCAGCCUGAUGAAUGGUUUUCAUAGCACUCGGUAUUUUAACUCUGGAACCAUCACAGCACACUUGGUCACUUUUUAAAUCAUAGUUUUAUUAAAAGAAGGACUAGGUAACGGAUUUUUUUUCCUCUGUCUCUUUCUUGAAGCCUUAUACCUUUGAAUUGUUUACGGGAUUUGCCAUUUACACAGACAGUAAGACACAAGGAGAGACUCUUGGUUUCCUUCUAAACAAGUUCAGGAAGAUCUGAAAGGUGUUGGUCUCAUUUCUCAUCUGAAACAGCACAUUGCUUUCAAUGUAACACCUGUUGCAGUGACACUGGAGCGGUAGGACGUCCCUUGAGGUCACACUGAUGUUGUGGUUGGAGUGUUUGAGAGAGAUCUCCAUGCAGAAGGAGGAUGAAGCAUCGUUCAACCUAGCGGCACUUUGCUUCAAAAAAGUCAAACAGGAGAGCCAAAGGAACACUCUCACAAAUCUACCUUAGCUUCUUGUUCAAGCAUGUGUGUUCUUGUCUCUUUCAAUGUUAUUUGUGCUUCUCCAGCAUGUGAGAAGCUUGUGGAAGAUUGGAAAGCAACUGCUUACCUUACAAUCACAUUGUGUGAUGGACUCCAUGCCACAAUUCGAUGCUUUGCAGGGGGAGGGGGCUGGGAAAUAUAAAAAGAGAGGCAAAAAGUUGGUUAUAAUUAUGUAUAUGUAUCAGUCUUUAUUCUUCUAAUCCCACUCAUCACAAUGUUCAUUGUCAUAUAGCCUAGGAUUGCCAACCUACAGAUGGGGCCUGGAGAUCUCUCAAAAUUGCAACUCAACUCCAGACAACAGAGAUUAGUUAUCCAGGAGAACACGUCUACUUUGUGGGGGGGAAGGGGGGACAACUCUAUGGCAUUAUAUUGGGCUGAGGUCACUUUCCUCCACAAACCCUGUCAUCCCCAGACUACACUCCCAAAUCUCCAGGAAUUUCCUAACUCAGUUGGCAACUCUAAGAAGCCCUCUCAUUUGUUGCUGCAAGCUAUUUGAACAAUGGACCUAACAGACAUUACAUGGUAGAUGGGGUGUAACUAUCUGCUGUAGACUGCCAGUUUAAGGUAAAAACCUAUCAAUACGUAUCCAUUGAUGAAGUACCCAGGACCCUACCAUUCCAAUGCUGCUGGAUAAUAGCUGUGUCCCUUCAAGAGAAGUUUUAAUUCUAUAGAUUCAUCAUCGUUUCCUUCAACAAUUUCAAAUUUGCAGUUCAAGGUUUGUCCCUUAACUGAGGAAUCGCAAGAACACAAAUGUUAUGAAGGAGGAUCUUCCCUGCCUUUCUCCUUCUUUCUGCAUCCCUAUUAUGACUGCUGAAAAAUCAAUUCUGGGCAUUGAGGACCACUCAUGGACAUGGAGGGCUGCCAGCCUAGGACUUUACUGAAGGAUCUAGCACUCCAGCUCAUUUCAGACAUUGCACAAAAUCAUUGUUUCCCUGAACAAACUCUGGCUGCUGUGCUUGUGCAAACACAGUCUGCUUUAUUAUCUUAAUGGUUAAUUAGUGUUCCUCAAGCAAGGAUAAGAAGAUGGUUUAUUAACCACCAUAAUCCAUGCAGUUCUAAACAAGAGUUAAGCGCUCUACAUUCGGUGAAGUGAAUGGGCACAGGAGGAUGAAACUCAGUUAAGGAUUGUACUGUUUGUCCUAAUUAUCCUUUUAUGAGAAUGUAGACAUCUUGGCCUGGUUUGUUCUCUGGUGAUGCCCUCCAAGGCAACCCAGAGCAAGCAAUGAAACCAAUAUUUGUCGAGGCAAAUCAGGAUUUGAGUGAUUGAAAGCAGAAUUCGGCUUACAGGAAUAAACUCAACAUGGUUUAAAUAACCACGGUUUUGCAUUAUGUCUGAAAUAAGUCAGUGUUUUACAUAGCAUUGGGAGAGCUCCUUCCCCUCCAAAAACAAAGAUUUCAUCAAAACAUGUAAAUAUCUGUCCUUUGUGGUUCUUCAGCAGAAAAAAGAAGAAGCUCUAUUUGAUAUUGGUAGAAAAUUCAAAUCCAACAGCACCUUAAAGAUCAACAAAAUUUUAACAGGUAUAAACUUCAUUACUUAAAGCUAACUUCUUCAGAAACAAAUGAGAUUGACCCCGCCCCCGCCCUUUUAUCCAGGUCAGAAGGUGAGAGGCUUCUAGGAGUGUGUGUUCAGUAAAGCUGAAUCAAACCACUCCCCGCAAAAAUGCCUUAUUGGUAUUUGUGGGGCGGGCUCCUCCAAAAAAUGGUGGCAAAUUAAAGGAAGCUAAAAACUGGAUCCCAAAUCAUACUAAAUUUUUUGACCAUGAUUCAGGCUGCUUCAGCCCCACUGAAUUAGGGGGGGAUCUCCUCUCCCCUCCCCUCUCUCUCCCCCUCACUUGUCUGCUAGCUAGCCAGGUUAGUGAAAAACUCUGCUGUCACUGCCUUAUGGCUCCAUGUGGGGCUCAGGUAGAUUCCUCAUGGGUGUAAAAUAGUGCCCCUGGAAUGCUAAAAACAUAAUUCCAGGGGCGCUGUCUGCACGGCUGCCGCCUCUGAAUCAAGGCAGCACCAUGCUUUUCCUGGGGCAAUGCUGUUUCUCUGCCUUGCUUGAUGAGCGAGGCAUUCGGGAAACAGUGUUUCCCUGCUGGCACCGUGCAAUUGGCUUGGAGUCGCCAAUUUUCAGUGCCUCCAUUUCCCUCCACACUCACCUUCUCUCCUUGCUGAGCUCCGCAGGCUCCCUGUGGAGCUCAGCGAGGAGAGAAGAUGAAUGUGAGGAAAGGAAAUGGAGGUGGCUCCAUGUGGAGGCACCUCCGUGGCCUGUGGCCAGUCUGUGGCCGCUGGCACCUCAGCGUGCAAAUGACCCCAGGGCUCCACCAGCAUCAUAUAUACUGGUGGAACGCCGCUGCCCCCACAUGGGCGGAAUCCACCUCAGAGCCAUCUUUGCGCCAACCACCAUCUGCACCUUCAUUCAUCUAAUGGGGCUCAGAAGCAGCUAUCAUACCACCAUAGUACUCAAGGUAAAUGUGGGGAGGAAGAGAUGGGAAGUAAAAUUUUGGCUUCAGGACUACAAAAUUGAGGCACAAAUAGUGGCUUCACAAAAAACUGCUUUGUUUGGGAAUGGGCUUCACGGGCUUAUUGCUGUGGGCACAGAGCCUGCCUUGACUAUAUCCUGGAAGCCACUCUUGGCUGUGUCACGUCAUAAGCAUGGUGGAAUUUACAUAUCAAGGUACCAACACAAGAUUGUAUCAUCUAUGUGCACAUGGGAGAGUCUGAUUUCAUUAAUGGGGUAUGUUUGCAUAACUUCAUGAGAAGUUCUAAAAGAUACUGCUGAAGAAUUCUGUCAUGAAGCAUGGUUUGCAAUGAGAAAAAAAGGUGUGAGGUUCUCCCAUUCAAAUCUUUUUGCUAGUUAAAUAAAAAAAGAUUUGUGUCCCAAUUA